AUGACCAUGGACACGGCAACUUUGAUGGACGUGAUCGGACAGCUUGAUGCACUUUUACUGGGUGACUACAUCAAGAAAAAGUCGGUGAUACUUGCAGAUAUCAUCAACACUGGAGUGAAUCAGGUGGACUGGUUCCUAGCUCCCAAACCGACGGAGGUACAUGCAUUUGUGUAUGAUGCUUUGCUUUCACUUGUGCUCGUCCAUGUGCAAGUCUCGGCGAUUUCUGGACCCCCGAACCCAUCUUCUAGUGGUGAUCCAGGCUUUUGA